CAACAAGGGGGAUAUACAGACAUGUUACCUAAUGGAGAAGAUGAUUCGGAUCUCAUGCGUCUGGUGAAGGAGCUUCAAGCCUCUCUAGUGAGGAACGAUAAGCUGGAGAAGGAAAAUCAUGAUCUGCGUCAAGAAGUUGCCCGUCUAAGAGCACAAGUAAGCAAUCUUAAAGCACAUGACAAUGAGAGGAAAUCAAUGUUAUGGAAGAAGUUGCAGAGCUCAUAUGAUGGCAGCAACACAGACGGAUCUAACCUGAAAGCGCCAGAGAGUGUCAAAUCCAACACAAAGGGUCAAGAGAUAAGGAAUCCAAACCCCAAGCCAAUGGUCCAAGAACAGCCUACAGCAAUAAAGCCGCCGCCACCUCCACCACUUCCAUCAAAGACAACACUUGGAAAAAGAUCUGUGCGGCGUGCUCCUGAAGUUGUAGAGUUUUAUCGUGCCUUGACGAAGAGAGAGUCUCGUAUGGGAAACAAGGUCAAUCAACAUGGAGUUUUGUCACCUGCAUUCAGCAGAAACAUGAUUGGUGAAAUCGAGAAUCGCUCCAAAUAUCUUUCAGAUAUUAAAUCUGACACUGACAGACACAGAGAUCAUAUCCAUAUCUUGAUUAGUAAGGUGGAGGCUGCAACAUUUACAGACAUAUCAGAAGUGGAGACAUUUGUGAAAUGGAUAGACGAAGAACUAUCUUCCUUGGUUGAUGAAAGGGCAGUCCUAAAGCAUUUCCCUAAAUGGCCAGAACGCAAAGCAGAUUCCCUAAGAGAGGCUGCUUGCAAUUACAAAAGGCUAAAGAACCUUGAAAUUGAGAUUUUGUCAUUUAAGGACAAUCCAAAGGAAUCUCUGACGCAAGCCUUGCAAAGGAUUCAAUCGCUGCAAGACAGGCAAGAAAGUAUUAACAACACAGAGAAGAUGAGAGACAGUACAGGGAAGAGAUACAAGGACUUUCAGAUACCGUGGGAAUGGAUGCUCGACACAGGACUGAUUGGACAGCUAAAAUACAGGUCGUUGAGGCUAGCUCAGGAGUACAUGAAGCGAAUAGCCAACGAACUGGAAACAAAUGGAAGUGCUAAAGAACGAAGUCUUAUGCUUCAAGGGGUUAGAUUUGCCUACACAAUACACCAGUUUGCGGGCGGUUUUGACGGAGAAACAUUAAGCAUAUUUCGUGAGCUGAAGAAGAUCACUACACGUGAAACCAGAGGAUAAGAUGUAACUGUUGACAUCUUCGAGUAUCAAAGACUUGUGCAAUUAUGACGCAGUAGACAUGUAAGAAACUAGAGGACUAAAUUAUUGUACUAUUG